AGGUAUUAUAACUAAAUGACACAAGAAGCAGUCCGGCGUCACAUAAAUCCUCCGCCAUCGUCCUCUCCUCCACCCAGCCGCUCAGAGGGAGAGGGAGAGGGAGAGGGAGAGAGAGAGAGAGAGAGAUAUGAGGUGUGACAUGAACCUGGUACAGCAGGAGCGGCAGCAUCUGGAAUUCCCGAUGCAUCGAAGUCGGCCGUCGCUCGCGGUGCCCCCACGCCGCCUUCGCCCCCGCCGAAGCCAGUCGGGCCGGGCCCCGCCGGGUGCCACCAAACCGAGCCGCCCGGUCCUAACACGGAGCGUUAAUUCGGUUCUUUCUCCAUCUACUCCUCCAGCGGAGGACCCUAAGAAACCGCAUCCCUGGACCGAGUCCCCGGUCUGCAUCUCGUCGGACUUGUUGGCGAAGCUGGUCCUGGGAGCCGGGGGCGGUGACGGCGUCCCUGAUGCGGCAACCGCGCCCGCCGUGUUCGAACGAGGACGGUUCUACGAGCUCUACUCGGCGCGGAGGAACGAGAGGCUGCAGAGGAGGAGGAAGGAGGAGACCACGCUGGCCGAGGAACCCGGCGUCGCGGUGGACCUCGAGAACGGGCGGAACCCGAAGAGGACGGAGAGGGCGACGAGGUCGGUGCCGGCGGACUUGUCGACGAGGGAGAUGAAGAAGCCGCGUCACGAGGCCGGCGUUACCGCCACCGCCGACUGCUCUGCUGUUGUCGCCCGAUCCGUCCGAAGGCUGUGAACGGCUGCGAGGUCGAUUGAUAUCUGAAGCGUAGGAACGAAGAUGUCGAGUGUUCUGCAUUAGGAAAAGCCUGCUUAUGUACCACUAAUAGUUGGGUGAAGAACACACACGAAUCGGUGAUGGCGUUCUCCCUUCUCCUCCUCCUCCUCUUUUGUCGGGGUGGUGAUGACCCAAAGACAUGUCUCCCCAGGAAAGCAUCAAGAAGAUAUCGGUCACCUUCGUAAUCUAACAUGUCAUCGAAUCACAUCUAUGUCUUUAACCGCCAGCUUUCGCCUCUGGCGCAUUUACCAUGCACUUGUUGUGUGCUGCUUCCCUCAA